AAGAAGAGGAAAAAGUUCUACUAGAAUUCCCAACUAACAAUUCAACACAAAUAAAGAAUACAAAGGAAAACUACUCACAAGAAAGCAAUAUUAGAGUUAAAAUCAAACCUUCUUUAAUAGAGGACUUAAUUGUACAUCCAUCUGUGUUCUAUAAAGCAACCAAUAUCGAUACCCUCAUAAGAGAAAUAUGUCAGAACAAGAA